AUGUCCAUGAUGAUUGAAGACGACGAACUACCACAGCCAGAUCCUCCCACCCAAGUUGACUUGUCAGAGAUCCGCAAUGGACAAGAGCCUCGUGAGACGGAUAUAUUCGUUGCGGUUAUGGGUGUUACCGGUGCUGGCAAAAGCACCCUCAUUUCGCAUUUGGUGUCAGGAGGUGUUGGCCCUGAGAUCGGGAGAAGUCUUUCAUCUUACGCCGACGUUCUGAGACAACUAGCUGACUGGCUAUCAAUCACAUAUGCCAAUGGCAUUAGGUUGCAUGGAAUACUCUACCUUCAUCGCAUUAGCGAUGUACGAAUGCAGGGCUCUGCCAGGAAGAAUCUCGUCAUGUUCAAUAAGCUUUGCGGAGAGCAUGCUCUGCGCAAAGUUGUAUUGGUCACGACCAUGUGGGAGAGCCUCAAAAGUCAGGAUGAUGGCGAGAAAAGAGAAGAAGAGCUUAGAAACACGGAUGAAUAUUGGGGUUGGAUGUCAACGAGAGGGAGUAGGAUCGAGAGGCACACGAAUGACGCGCAGUCUGCCAGAAGACUGGUCGAGAUGUUCGUACCGUCCGUCGCGGGGAGGGCGCCUGAAGAAGUGGCACUCACGAUUCAGAAGGAGAUUGCUGAUCAGAAUAAGUUGCUUGAGGACACCGAAGCCGGAGAGAUGGUUCGUGACAACAUUGAAAAGGAGAGAACUCGUAUCAAUCAAGCCCUGGAAGAGUAUCGCCAAAGCGCUCGAGAAGCUAGGCUGGAGAGGGAUACUAGACGGCAUCAAGACCUCCAAGAUAUCAUGGCGGAUACACAGGAGCAACAAGAAUUGCUGCGCCGUAACCAGGAGGCGUUGUCCGCGAAUAUGGAACAAAUGAUAAGAACGAAGUAUGACCAAGCUGUCGCUGAGAUAGAAGACGAGAAGUUGAGGAGGCUCUCAACUCAAUACAGUGUCAGGAGUGGAAGCAACACUGAUAUUGGCACCCUACAGACUGCAGCCUCAGAGAGUGCUGCUCAGCACGACAGGCAUCCCAGUCUUGUACCGCUUCAAACACACUCUGCCUUCAAGGCCAGUCAGCUUCUUAGCCUCAGCCUGAGGGGUCGUCAUUGCUCGUUUCUCGGACCAGCUUACACCAAGUCUUACCUACCCGAUUCGACAAGAAACAGCUUGGUUCGACUCGAGAAGUCGUUCACCAACAGAAUCAGCAUCAAGCACAUCGUUCUUGGAGAGGGCCUGUCGUAUUAUACGCACUACCACAAAGGCAGUAUAUUUCCCCGAUGCUACUACCAUGGUGCCAUUCGAGCACAGUAUCCUCAACUGUGGUCAUUCCUCAGCAGAGAUCGGAAUACACGAUGCCCGGAUUGCAUUUCCCUCGGACCAGAGGGUAGUUACUUCAUCAAUGUUGCAGGGAGGAAGUCAUUCCAAUGCCACCCCAGUACGGAGAUCACCUUCCCCCUGCAAGACAUCAAGCGUCUCUGGUGGGGACUUGGGGGAUCUUACGUUGCUGAGCUACAGGACAACAGCAAGGUGCAGGAAUUGGCGUUGAACAUUACGGAUGGUACCUCUUUCGUGCUCAUCCUUGCUGGCGGAGAGUGUUAUCACAGUGGCACAGACGACAUUGUCAUGAAUUGUUUUGAAGAGUACACAGCACGACAUAAGAAACGGGAUUAG